AUGAGAGCCCAAGGUCUACAUCAUACUGUUAAGACCCUAAAGAUAAAACUCGAUAGGGUAGAAAGAAGUGCAAGAAGAGGCCAAGAAGAAAAGAAACGAGCACUACAACACGCUCGGAAACUGAGAGAGCAAAGAGAUGAGGCUAACCAAGAACUAGCACAGAGGCGAGCAAAGAUUGAACAGCUCGAAACACAACUGCUUAAUAUUGAGGAGACUUUUCGAAACCCUCACAAAAGUCUUCAAAAAGAAAAUGAAAUGUUAAAGAAGAAGAUAGUGGAGCUAGAAGGAGCAAGGUUGAUCCACUCAUCCGCACAAGAGAUAACCAUGCAAGAAAACGAGGCCUUAAAAGCAAAGAUUGCUGAAUUAGAAGUCAUAGUGCAUAGAUGCCAUCAACGAAUCCAACAGCUAGAAGAAAGCCGACCAUUAACUAAUCCAGAGCUUGGAAUUGCUCUACGGCAGGCUCAGGACACCAUUGAAAUGCAACAUGAAGCAAUGGAGAGAGCAGUGGAUCAGGCCCGCAAUGUAGCUCAUCAAGUCUACGAAUUAUCUGAAGAAGCGGCAGCUUUAAGAGUUUUCGUGGUUCUAGAAUCAGAGGAAGAACGACGCAUCAUGGGAUUGAUGAUAGAGCUCGAGAGAUUAGGGAAUAGGCAAGAUUCUACAUUUAAUACUCGUGUUGAUAUAAUCUCUUUGCCUAAGUGCUUAGAUUGCUCAGCAAUCCGUUGGUACAAUCAGCUAAGUCGGGAUCAAAUUAAAUCCUGGAAGGAUUUGGCUAAGGUUUUUCUAGAGCAAUAUAAGAACGUAAAAGAUGUGAGGCCAAACCGAAUUCUGUUACAGACCAUGGAAAAAAGAUCCAAUGAAAGCUUUAGGCAAUAUGCCCAAAGGUGGAAAGAUGUAGUUGUGCAAGUUCAUCCACCAUUAGAGGAGGAAGAAACUAAUAUGUUCUUUGUAAAUACUCUGAGGACCCCGUUCUUUGGACAUCUUAUUGGAAAUUCGUCCUAG